GGGUAGGACGUCCGGCGGCCAUAUUGUGUUCUUGCAGCGGCUGAAGGAGAGACAGUCAGUCAUGAAGGGGAUUCGGUGUCUAAAUCACAUUUCAAGACGCUUCUAUGCGGCGGCGGCCGCCCGGGGCCACCAGUCUCUGAGCGAGCCGCUCCCGGGCCUCCGGGCUCCAGUGGGGACACCCCUUCCCCCCCAAGACAUCCAUGUACGUGCGGAAUCCCCAGUGGCACAGGUCACCAAGCUGCCCAGCGGCCUGGUGAUCGCCUCCCUGGAGAACUACUCCCCCUCCACCAAGAUCGGCGUGUUUGUGAAAGCCGGCAGCCGGUACGAGACUGUGGAGAGUCUGGGGGUCACCCACCUCCUCCGUCUCGCUGCCAACCUGACCACCAAGGGCGCCUCUGCGUUUAAGAUCACUCGAGGGAUUGAGGCAGUGGGAGGCACCCUGAGUGUGACCUCCACAAGGGAGAACAUGAUCUACUCGGUGGAGUGCCUGAGAGAUCACAUAGACACGGUUAUGGAGUAUCUCAUCAAUGUCACCACGGCGCCCGAGUUCAGGCCCUGGGAGUUAGCUGAUCUCACCCCCAGGAUAGAGGUGGACAAAGCUCUGGCCCAUCAGAACCCCCAGAUCGGUGUUCUUGAAAACCUCCAUGCAGCUGCUUACAAGACCGCCUUGUGUAACUCCUUGUACUGCCCCGACUACAUGGUGGGCAAGAUCACUUCGGAACAGCUGCAUUCCUUUGUCCAGAACAAUUUCACCAGUGCACGAAUGGCUCUGGUAGGCCUCGGUGUGGACCACGCCCAGCUGAAGCAGGUGGGGGAGCAGUUUCUCAACAUCCGCGGCGGAGGAGGGGCGGCCGGGGCCAAGGCGGCGUACCGCGGAGGGGAGGUCCGGGAGCAGACGGGAGACAGCCUGGUCCACGCCGCCGUGGUGUGCGAGGGGGCAGGGCUGGGCAGCCCCGAGGCCAGCGCCUUCAGCGUCCUGCAGCACGUGCUGGGCGCCGGGCCCUACGUCAAGAGGGGCGCCAACGCCACCAGCAAGCUCAGCCAGGGCAUCGCCAAGGCAACCACGCAGCCCUUCGAUGCUUCUGCCUUCAACGCCAGCUACACUGACUCUGGGCUCUUCGGGAUCUACACUAUCUCCCAGGCCAGCCAGGCUGCAGAUGUCAUCAAGGCUGCAGUGGCUCAAGUCAAAGCUGUGUCUCAGGGGCAGCUCACUGCUGCGGACGUUACCAGGGCCAAGAACCAGCUGAAGGCGCGGUGCCUGAUGGCGGCGGAGAGCUCCGAGGGCAUGCUGGAGGAGAUGGGAGCCCAGGCGCUGGCCGGGGGCGGCUACGUCCCCGCCGAGGCCGUGGCGCAGAAGAUCGACUCCGUGUCCGCCAGCGACGUCGUCAACGCGGCGAAAAAGUUUGUGUCGGGCAAGAAGUCCAUGGCGGCCAGCGGGAACCUGGGAAACACCCCGUUUGUGGAUGAAUUAUGAAUUUAAUCGAACCGGGAAUUUUCAGAUCAAAAGAGCAAGCGUUUUUUUUUUCCCUGCUGCACAUUCAGCAAACCUAGAAAUGGUUCUAAUCCCGUAAUGACUCUGUGCACAGAACGUGCUGCAUUCUGUCGAUCACACAAUAUUUAUCCUUUUUGAAGAAGGUUUUCUGUCCACAUCUGUACGGGCGUCGGAAAUGGUUUUACCUUUGGGCCGCCAUUCUGUAUAUCUUCUGUAAAUUCAUUAAAAACGUCUCUAUCUGAA